AUGGGCGCGCUCGCGCGGCGAUACCUCGUGCUGUACAACGUCGCGCAGGCGUGCGGGUGGUUGACGGUGCUCGCGAAGGCGUCCCGGGCGUCGUUGGACGACGCCACGGGGGCGUACGACGCGUGCCGAUCGACGCUGAUGGUGUUUCAACUCGCCUCGUUCGCGGAAAUCGCGCACGCGGUCGCGGGAUUGACGCCGACGCCCGCGGCGGCGGCGCUCGCGCAGUGGAGCGGACGCACGCACUGCCUGAAGUGCGCGCUGGACGCGGUGAAGACGUCACACGCGAGCGUCGCGGCGACGGCGCUGGUGUUCGCGUGGGCGCUGACGGAAGUGGUGCGAUAUCCGUCCUACGUCGGCGGUUUGAUCGGACGUUCGCCCAAGUGGUUGACGUGGUCGCGGUACACGGUGUUCGUGCCGCUGUACCCGCUCGGAGCGGCGGCGGAGAUGAAACUCAUGUACGACGCGCGAGCGCACGCGCGGAAGACUAAAAUGUACGCGGUAACGAUGCCAAAUGCAUACAACUUUGCGUUCGAUUACGUCACGUUCCUGAACGCGCUCUUGGUGGCGUACCCGUUCCUGUUUUACACGCUCUAUCGGUACAUGUUCGCCCAACGAAGGAAAAAGCUCGGCAAGGCAAAGGAAAAUUAG